UUCCAUAGCAUUCAACCACGGUCGUUAAAAGUGGUGUCAAACUGAAUGAAGUCUGCAGGGUAGAUGGGAUCAGAGUCAUUGCCGGCUCCCUGCCGGCCCACGUGCUAUUGAACAACCUGGAGGCGAAAUUGCGCCCUGUCUCUUUAAAAGGCGGGGCCGAGGGAGGCGGGACUUAGACGCGAACCUAUAUAAGGCUUCUUUCACUUUAAGGAACAGAGCUGGGAAAGUCCUUUUCCGGCAACAGAGGCCUUCCCGUACGUCCUCGCUUUACGGCUGACAGCCAUUUUUCCCAGUUUUGAACUGCUUCAUCAAACAUUGCUGCAUGAAUGGCAACUGUGGAUGACCUAAAGUUUCAAGAAUUUGAUGAUGCCGCCAACUUGUUGGCGGCAAAUCCCGAUGCUGUCACAAUAAGCAUUGAUGAACCCGAGAAACCAAAGAAAAAGCAUGGACAUUUGCAAGAUUCUGGAAGAGAGGAAGAUGAUGAGCUAUUGGGAACGGAUGAUUCAGAUAAAACUGAGUUGCUUGCUGGGCAGAAGAAAAGUGCCCCAUUCUGGACAUUUGAGUAUUACCAAACAUUUUUUGAUGUGGAUACAUACCAGGUCUUGGACAGAAUCAAAGGUUCUGUUUUUCCAGUUCCAGGAAAAAACUUUGUGAGACUGUACAUUAGAAGUAACCCUGAUCUUUAUGGUCCAUUCUGGAUAUGUGCCACCUUGGUCUUUGUCAUUGCUAUUAGUGGCAAUCUUUCAAAAUUCUUCAUCCAUCUGGGACAACCAGCUUUCCAUUAUGUGCCUGAGUUCCGUAAAGUGUCCAUAGCAGCAACAGCUAUCUAUGCUUAUGCUUGGCUAGUUCCUCUAGCUCUGUGGGGAUUCCUCAUGUGGAGGAAUAAUAAAGUUGUGAACAUUGUCUCCUACUCCUUUCUUGAGAUUGUAUGUGUUUAUGGCUAUUCCCUCUUCGUUUACAUUCCAACAGCGAUUUUGUGGGUUAUUCCACAGAAAGCUCUCAGAUGGGUUUUGGUGGUAUUUGCUCUGUGUCUUUCAGGAUCUGUAUUAGCAAUGACAUUUUGGCCUGCUGUUAGAGAUGACAACCGAAGAAUUGCAGUAGCUACAAUUGUGACAGUUGUACUUCUCCAUGCCUUGCUUGCUGUCGGUUGUUUGGCAUACUUUUUUGAUGCCCCUGAAUUGGAAGAAUUUACAUCGCCUACUGUACAUAAUGUAACACUAGGAGCAACAAAGGCUCACUAAGCUAUGUCUGUCUCUAUCUGUGCAAUAUCACUUUAUUGGGGCUUUCUCAUGCUUAAUAAAAGAAAAGGGAGUCAAAAGAUCUGAAGGAAGCAUAACGGAAACAUUCUGAACUUCAUAGCAUAUGACACUUGAAUGACCGACUGGCCAGUACAGGACUUUAGUUGAAAUUCCACUCUUUUGACACAAAUGGUGAAAUAGAUUUCAAUUAAAUGGAGUCAGUUUCACCUGAAGAUUUUGUUGUACCUAAUUUAUGAUUUUUUUAAAAAAAAACUGUAUAAUUUUCAGUAUUUUAGUGUUUACCAUAGAAUAAAAUUAAUUCUAAGUACUAUCAUUUCAUGUUUAUGUUUCUAACUACUUCUUCCAAAAGCCUGGAUAUUAUUCUUUUUCUACAAAUUAUAUUAAUAUGGGUAUCUGCAGAAUUUUUGGGGGAGGACCGUAAAGUGCAUACCUACAAAAUCUGUAAAUAACAAUCAAAAAGUAUAAAAUGAUUAUAUGCUGGGGAAGCUAUUUAGGUUGCUUUGCUAUUCUAUCUUCAAAUGUAAAUUACUGUAAAAGUCUUAUGUCAACCACCAUUAAAUGGGGGUCCUUAAACCAAAGAUAUAAACAUAGCUAACAAUAAAUGUUUUUGUUGUGUGUACCUUCAGGUUAUUUCCGAAUUAUAGCAACCUUAAGGUGACCCUA